GAAGAAAUCUUGAACCAUGGCUUUCAGUUCAAAAAUGGUCCCAAUCUUCAUCGUCUUUAUGGCAUUUCUAUGCACCAAAGCCUUUUCACAAUGUGAAGAUGAAACCAACAAUCCUUGUAACAACAAAUCUAAGGCCUUCUCAUUGAAGAUCAUCGGGAUCGCUGUGAUCCUUGUUACCAGUAUCAUUGGUGUAUGUCUGCCUCUUGUCACUCGAUCUAUCCCGGCUCUUAGCCCCGACCGUAGCCUUUUUGUCGUCGUUAAAGCUUUUGCUUCCGGCAUUAUCUUGGCUACUGGAUUUAUGCACGUCUUGCCCGAUUCUUUUGACAUGUUGAGGUCUAGUUGUUUGGCAGAUAACCCCUGGCAUAAGUUUCCGUUUACGGGCUUUGUCGCAAUGUUAUCCGCUAUCUUCACACUCAUGGUCGACUCCAUGGCCACAAGCACGUAUACCAAAAAGAACAAUGCGAUAUCGGCCGAAGACCACGAGAUGGCCGCGACAAGCUUCCAUGGACACCAUCAUACCCAAAAGGGCCCAAUAGGAUCGCAACUUCUUCGUUAUCGUGUCGUAGCCAUGGUGCUAGAACUUGGAAUAGUAGUUCAUUCAAUAGUGAUUGGACUUGGAGUUGGGGCCUCAAAUGAUGUCUGCACAAUUAAGCCAUUGGUGGCAGCUCUUUGUUUCCAUCAAAUGUUUGAAGGAAUGGGUCUUGGUGGUUGCAUUCUUCAGGCUGAGUACAAGACUCUAAAAAAAGCAGUAAUGGUUUUCUUCUUCUCGAUAACGACUCCAUUUGGGAUUGCGCUUGGGAUAGCAUUGUCAAAGACCUAUAAAGAGAAUAGCCCGAGUGCGCUGAUAACGGUUGGAUUACUCAAUGCUUCAUCGGCCGGACUACUUAUCUACAUGGCGUUGGUUGAUCUUCUAGCGGCUGAUUUCAUGGGUCCGAAGCUUCAGGGGAGCAUUAAGCUCCAAAUUAAAUCUUAUGCUGCCGUCUUACUUGGUGCAGGCGGGAUGUCUCUGAUGGCAAAAUGGGCUUAAAGCUCACCUAUCAUCUGAACUGAUUGAAUAUGUGUGAAUCUAUAUUUGUUUGACUGAUUGUAAAAUAGAAAUAAGUUGAUCACUUUGUAAGUGUUUUGAGAUGUGCAAUUUUACGGCAUUCUGAAUCAAUAAGAAAUCUGAAUAUUGUUGUUUG